GGGAACAAGGCUGUGGAAGCGCCUCGAGUUUCCGUUGCAUUAAGUUUCGAUGUAAACCAUGGCGAAAUUCAGAUUUCCAGGCAAGGCUCUUAAGUUAAACACAAGAAAGCGCGUUCGGUUUCGAGGUGGCCAUGCAGCUAACACGCCAGAGGAGCUUUACACAAGGAGAAUCCGCAGAGGCCUGGACCUUUUCACGCAAAUAUUCGGGGAUUCAGACGAGGAUGAUGAGGAAUUUGAGGGUUUCACGUCCAUACUCCCAGAGCCGAGGGACAUCAAGGGGAAGAAGAAGAAGAGUGUGGCAUCACCUAGAAAAAAGUCAGGUAGGCGUUCACCAACAGAGAGAGCAGAGGAAGCCUGCGUAACUCUGGAAGAAGCAGGUUUGGUGACCCGUAGAAAAAUUAGCACAGUAGAAAUGGCUAUCAAAGAGGUACAGGAGACAUCAGAUAUUGGUGAAAAUGUGCCAGUGUUUACAAGAAGAAGAGGUGGGGGUGGUGGGGACACAGCACCUUGCAAGGAAGUGCGUGAGGGACCGAGUGGGGGUAAGGAGGUGAUGGCAAGUACCCGAAGAAGAACAAGUAAUGUGGAACUGCCUGCAAAGGAGGUGUCAGAGAACCUUGAGAGUAGUACAGACUUGCCAGUGGUAACAAGAAGAAGAGUGAGUGGGUUGGAGACUCCUAUGAGAGAUGUAGUGAAAGAGGGAGGGGCAGAGAACAGCAAAGAUGCUCCAAUGGUGACCAGGAGAAGGGGUCAUUCUCUUGAAGGUGUUGUGAAGGAAGUUCAGGAAGGGGCUGACAGUAUACUUGGGGGAGGGGAAAGAACGAGUGAGAAAAGAGACGUGCCUCCUCAGCCUGCGAGCAAGGAGAAUGUAGAGAUUGUGGUUCAUUCAGAACAGCCUGUGGAAGAAAGUAGUGCAGCAUUACAGGAAAUGAAGAUGGCUGUCAUAUCCUCAAGACCAGUGGCAAGAAAGCAAACGGCACGGAGAGUUAGCAGACCAUCGUCAACAGUGAAAACAGCUCUGGCAAAGAAAUUGCUAGCAAGAGCCAAGGCUAAAAGAACAGUCAACUCUCUACCUGUAGUUGGUGAAAAGAGUCCAAAACGGUUUGUCCUUCCGUCUAUGAGUGUACGAUCUUCAAGGAUAAUUAAACCAAAUAAGAGACUAUUUGCUGACAUAACAGAAAUGUGUACAGCAAGCAGUUCUCUUGAGUCUUCAUUGGGUGGAGAGAUGGCUGAACAUGCAAGUAUGCCCAGCAAGAGGUUGGUAAAGCUCACUCGCAAAGGAAGGGGUGCACACACACAGUUCCUCUCUCUACCCCGAUCAAGGGCACAGAGUACUGACUCCUUGUCAAGUACAGAGGGUGGUGUAGGACGUGACCGCAUGCGCAGAACAAUCUCCCUCUACACAGAAUCCAUAACUGGGCCCAGCAAAGCUCAGGUAGGAAGGCCUCCCAAACGCCUGCUGCGCCGCAUGGAUCCUCCACAGCAAGAGGUGGAGGCUGAACUUCCAGACUCCCCCCAGAGAUGCGACCCCAAGGAGUCCAGGGUCAUGGAGAAAAUUGGAAAGUUGCUGCGGUCACCGUGGGAUGAUAGACUGAAGCAGUCUGGCAAGGUUGGAAGAGGCGAGGAAGAGGGUAUGCCAGCUUCAGCCUUCGGUGCCUCAUCCCCAAUGUCAGCUUCAGCCAUCUCACGGAACAUUUUAAGGAAAGCAAGACUGAACCUUAACAAGACUACUUUGCAAAAGAUUAGGAAUCCAGUGUCAUUGCAGAGACUCAUACCAGCAUCAGAUGAAGGUGUGGAAGGAAAGUGCGCAGUCUGUGAUAGUGAAGAAGGUGGGAAUUCUCGCAAGUUUGGAGUGAUAGUGUGUGAGAAGUGCAAUUCCUUCAUCAGCAACUCCAGUGAUGGCUCCAGAGAAGUAUACGAAUGUAAAGACAGCAAAGCUGAAUGUCAAGUGCAAGAACUGGUUGAAGGUCGCUGUAAUGCAUGUUGGCUGGGCAGAAUCCUUCUUGUUUGCUCUUUGCCGAACCUCCUCCAUGACAGAUUGCGUAAGCGUUUACCCAAUAUCCUGAAGGAACAAAUCCCCACCAGCUUGGCUCGAUGUAUGAGUGGUGGCAACUUGCCGGUUGUGUCUGAAAAAGAUGCUGAACUGGCCACACAUACCAAGCGCUUGCCGCUUGACCCAGGGGGAGGGGGUGCCUUUGGGUCUGUAAUGGAUUUGCCUGGUGGUUGGAAACGCAAAACUGGCUCUGAAGUUAUUGUGAUUAGCCCAAGUGGUGAGAAAUUCAAGAGCAUACAAAAGCUUGAGGAAUUCCUGAAAAAGCAAGGGAUAACCACUGAUGCUCGAGUUCUCUUUGGCAAUAGCAGCCCUGCUGUGGUGCGGAGUAAUGAACCAAAGUCACGGCCAUCACCGCCAACAAAUAACAGCAGUCGGGGGAAGGUGGUCAUGACAACACUUCCUGGGGGUUGGGUGCGACGUAUCAAAUGGAGAUCAGCUGGUGAUCGCUUUGACACUUAUGUCUACAGCCCUGAUGGAAGAACAUUUAGAUCAAGAAGAGAACUGAGUGCUUACUUCCAGCUCAUUGGGAAAGUAGAUGAUAUUCAUAAGUAUUUCCCAGUUGUUACAGGGCACUCAGAUGCUUCCAUACCUAGUUCAAGUGACACCACUGGAUCCUCCAGUACAGAGCGCUUGUCUAGCUCAGAGCCAUGUUCGGAAAUCAGCUCUGAUGACAAGUCACCAGAGGCCUCAGAGUGUGAGACAGAAACACCACAAUCAAGAAUGAGGAGCCUAUCCCGUAAUGCUAAAGAGAAGAUGAAAUAUGCUCGGCUGAAGCAGGCCAAGGUCGUGAACCACAAGGAAGGACAUCUCAGAAGUAAAUCUGUCUCUUCCCUAAAAAGUGUCAAGACUGUUGACAAGAAGUCAGAAGUGCAGAUGGAAGUGAAUCUGUCAUCAGAGGCAAAAGCUGCUGAGAAGAAGUACAAGAAACCAAAGAUUGUUGCGAGAAGUCGAUCACUCUCUUUAGGCAGGAAAAAGGGUGAUGCAAGCCUCACUGACACCACAGAAAGUGAAUCUGAGAAUAGGAAUUCUGGUAAAGGGUUUACUAAGACCUUUUCUAAAAGAUUGAAGAACAAACCAAAAGCUACAGUGAGUGAGCUAUCACCAACAAACAAGACCUUAUCUGCAGGAUCCAACAAUGCAAGUGAGGAUAGUGAGAAAACUUCUCCUUCAGCUUCUGUGGCAAGCCCUGAAGAAACAGUAGAAGAAUCAGAAGUGCAGAAACUGGAGGAAGUUAAGGAUGACACAGCUGUAUUCAUCAAACCAGAUGAUGUACCAAGAGAGAAUCAGUUUGAAAAGGGAAAAAUUGUUCUAAAAAUUCAGAAAAAAAUCAUAGAACCUGUAGAUAGAAGACGUAGACACAAAAGUAAGAAGGACAAAAGAAAAAAGGUGUUUAGUGAGGAGGAACCUGAGAGUCUUUCAAAGGAGCAAGUAGCACAAAGUGGUGCUGAGGCAGUACAAAAUAUGACCGCUGAAAAAGUACUUGCUCAAUUGUCUAGUACAAGUAAAUCCUCAGAAGAUGCCAAGGAGAAAAUAUUCAGUAAAAAUUCAGAAGACCAAGAAAAAGAUCUGGUAGGUGGGGAGUCUGAUAUUCCAGCUGGGAUGGAUGUCUCGGAUGACUCUAAAUUUUCCUCUCCCAUGGUGUCGGAGUCCGAGCCCAUUCAUGAAACAAUAAAAGUACCUGAAGCCAAGCCAAAGUCCAAGCCCAAAAAGCCUUCCAGUUAUCAGACUUCUCACUUUGGAGGUGGUUGGUCAAGAAAGAUCAAGUGGAAUGAAAAAGGGGAAGGCAAAGUUGCUCUGCUGCACAGCCCUGAUGGACAAACUUUCCGAUCCCGCAUAGAGCUGUUGGCGUAUUUCAAGAAAGCAGGCAAAUCAAAAGGCAAUCUUGAUUAUUACUUUCCACCAGUCUUGAAGAGGGAGGACUAUAAUGAACAACUGGAGAAGAAGCAGAUGAAGGCAGCUGCUGCAGAGGUAGCAGUGGCUCUUGGAACAUCUACCUCGGGCCAGUCUUCAGAAGUUAGCGAGUUCUCAGACAGUGAAAUUCCCAAGACCUCUGAGGAUUCUUGUGUGUCUGGAGAAGAGUGCACGAAGAGAAAUGCAACUAAAAUUGUGAAGUGUUAUAGGAAACUAAGCGGCCAGACCUCCCUCAAAAGCAUCCCGGAAAAUGUUGGGGAGGAUUCGGCAGUCUCCCAAAUUCUAUGUGGAAAGGCUUCAGGUGGCAGCAGCCUGUCAGAGGAGGCAUGGAAGCAUGGAUCUCAGCCUGGGAAGAUGAGCAGGAAGGAUGCAUUUGCAGCUGGGAUGGAAAGCAAGCAGAUAGUCAAAUCGGAGAGCGAGGAGAUAGACGGAACCCAUCCUGAGGUGGGCGGACCCAGGGUCAAGCACGUCUGUCGUAGCCAGGCACAGGUGUUGGGUAUCCCUCGUGCAGUAUUCCCAUCUCCAGGGAAGGAUGAAGAUAAGGCACCAAUAAAAGUCAUUGUUCCCUCUACCAAAUCUGACAAGAAGCGCAAAAUUGUGACUGUAACAACAACAGCUAGUGGCAAGGUGCUUCGCAAAACACAGUGGUGUAACAAGUGUCCAGGAUGUACAACACCCAAUUGCCGAAAGUGUGUCAACUGCUUAGAUAUGAAGAAGUAUGGUGGACCGGGAACCAAGAAAAAGCCUUGCAUAAUGAGGAAGUGUCACAACCCACGACUUUCCAUCAAGUCGGCCAUCAGUCAAGAGGGCACUGCUAAAGUCCCUGUUCAGAUGACAGCAAUGAACACAUCCACAGCUACAUUCAAGGAAGUGCGCAAGGUCCCUCCCACCAUCAUCAAAGUGCAGGAGGAGAAGGCAACACCAGUGGAGACCUCAGGUGACUCGGUGCUGAAGGGUUUCCAGCAAGAGAAGGCUGUGUUUGUGCCCCGCCAAAUGACCCGGUCACAACCAGACCAGAAGGACCGGGGUGAUAUUGCUGCAGGGAAACAGUUUGUUCCAGGAACCCUUGUAAACAUUGACUACUGGCAGGGAUAUGAUGCCGAUGAAAUGAUGCUGACUGGCUACCCAGUGAUAACAGCAUCUUCACAGCAUCCUCAGGUCCUGUGUUUCCGCUGUGGUUCUCUUGGGAAGGAACAGGAGGCAGAAUCCAUGGCGCUGCUUGCCGAGUCUUGGCCGAAGCAGUUGGGAAUAUUUGAUGCUGGUGGGGGUGAGGCGAGCGAUUUGAUGCGGAACAUUGAUAUAUUCACCGAACUUGAUGCAUUGCGAGACUUUGAUGUGGAUCCUGAUGAUGAGGAGGACUUAGAACCAGACAUCUUUUUCCUCCCACUCAAUGCUGAUUCAGCUGAUCAGCAAAGAGUUCUGUUUGAACAUGAUGACUCCUCAGAUGAGGGGGAGCUUGAGGAUUCAUUUUGUCUUGAAGACAACAUAAUUGAGGUCUUCCGAGAUGUUGAUCUUUACAAGCCUGAACCAAGUCCAACGGUUAACAAGAAUGGGAAGGAAGUAGCAUCCAUGAAAGAAGAUGAAUACCUCUACUUAGGCUAUAAGAAGAUUAGUGAGUACUCUUCCAACAGAAUUGAAACAUCGUAUUUCAGACUGUUGCAGAUUAUUCAUAAUGAACUCUUUGACACACUUGGAUACCCGACAUGGCGGGAGAUGCUGAAAGAUGGACUGGUCAUGGAGAGACCGACUGGUUCAGGGUCUGGUUCAGACACUGAGACUGCCUCAGAAGGUGAAGAGGACAGUGAGGAAAGUGACCUGGACUGGGAUGAAGUCUUGGAGAUCCGGCGCCAUGAGGCUGCGCAGGAGCUGAAAGAGAGAGAAGACAAACGGCGGGAGCAAGAGCGACGACAGAGGGAAAUCGAAAGAGAAAAGGCUCGUGUUGAGAAGCUGAAGGAGCUUGAGAGAGAAGCCAAGGAGGCAACCCAGAUCAAAGAGAAAGAUACUUUUACACCAAAGAUGAAGAUUCUAGGCUCGGAUAAAACUGCUAGCCCGCAGGACCUAGCCAAGAAGCCACUAUUUAGGAAGAAAAGGAAGUGUGGACGUCCACCAGGAUCAAGCAACAAGGCAAAAUAUGGCGAUGAGGAUUUUGUUGUUUAUGAUAUUCAUGAUGACAAAUUCCUUUGUGAUGGUGACCAAAGCAGUACCCCAAGAAGAAAAAGGUUGAGGCAACCUAGAAGUUGGGAAGAAUUUGAUGAACUGUUUGCUCAGAUAGGCCUGGUGACAGAUGCCACAGCAGAGGAGAAUAAGGAGGAAGUUAGAAUACGGAAGAGAAGGAUUGUACAUUCUGACAAUGGCAUCUUUGGCUCAAGGCAUGAGAGAGUGAAGAUGAAAGCCAAAAGACAGAAAUUAGAUUUGGUAAAGAGCAAGAAGCUUAAGGCUUUGAAAAGAAUGGGCAAGUUUGAUAUAACUCAGAAAUGCAAAGACAGUGUCAGCAGCAGAAUUAGGAAAGUUGGAAGGCCUCCAAAAAUCAAAACUGACAAAGGGCAAAAAAAAUUUAUAAUAAGUGAACAAGAAAUUAAACCUAAAAGGAAGAAGCUGUCAGAAAUCAGGGACUUUGAAGUUUCAGAUGCAAGGCCUGAUGGGAUGGGGCGGAAGACAUCACCUUGUGAAGCAAAAGGGAGCAACCUAGCUAGGCAGCCAAAUGGUAUGAAUAAGGAGGUUUUAGGUAUACCAAAUCCUAUAGCAUUACCUGAAAACAAGCAUGAUCAGAAAGACUUGGCAAUCCAUCAUAGUGUAUCUCCUGUACACUUCUGUGAUAAUCUAACCAGUUCUGAGAAGGCUUUAGAGAGAGAAAGUUCAGUGAAACAGGUUGGCUCGCUGGCUGAGGAUGUGUCGAAUAGUGGCAUGGAGAUCAGCAGUAGAAAAUCCAUUGGAAAAGGAGAGAAGUCCAGUGAGUUUAUCACACUUGCUGUUCAUCAAAGUGAAGAGAUGCCACGUCCAGAGGAAGAAAACAGUGACAAAGAGAACCUUCCAAGUGUUGUCACUGAGACAAAAGUAAAAGAUAGUGAAGCUGUGAUAUCUCAGAAAAAACAUGUCAAUGGCCUUGAAGAAGAAGGAACUUCAGCACAUAGUCAGUCUGCUGAAGAUAGUGAGGAAGAGGCCAAGCCUGAGAGAAGUGAAGUUAAAUGCCUUGACCUAGGGGGUGUGAAUCUUCCUAAGUUACCUGAAAAGAGGUCACGGAGGUCUGUGGGCCGUGCCUCUGAGCUAGCUAGUCAGAGAAAAGCAAUGAUGGAUUUCUGA